GUGAGAGGACUCCGAGUCCGUGGAUAAUCACAUGGGAUGGCAGGCAGCAUAUAUACAUAUAUACCUCAGCAAUUCGUCAAUGGCUGUACUUUUGAUGCCUUGAAUUUGAGGUGAACCCACAAUUCUGCAGGUAUCUUAAGUUCAUAUCAAAUUAAGGUGCUGGCCUGGUAUCUUUCAUUGUGGGUCACAAGUGCGUGGUGAGAUGAACCAGGAUGAGAUGGUCCAAUAGUCUGCUAUAUCUGGUUGGGAGGUGGGCCGCCAUUUUGAGCUGUGUGAACUGCAUGGUUGGUCGUUGUCCUUCGAUCUUGGAUGAUAUUUUUGGCAUUUUUGUGCAUGUCUGUGGAUACCUGAUGAGGAAUUACGCCAUCAAAUUAAUUUGCAAUUACCUUGGUGGAGGUAGGCAUGAUUUGGCAGUAACUUCUAUAAGUUACUGUUCCGUGAAAAUGGUUAGAGGAGCCGAAAUUGGCAUAAGAUUCGCGUGACUUUGUCCUUCAAAAGACUAUCAAGUAUUCGAGGUUGCACUCACACUUACAAACCACGUCAUUACCUUACACUAAGCCGAUCGAUGUGGGAUUUCAUGUAUGUAGUUCUACCGAUUUCUUCAAGUAAACUUUAGAAUUGCUGAGGUAUAUUUGAGUAACUUAUGGAACUAGCUAUUGAGUUUAUGUUUUGGCUUGGUGUUAAACAAGUUUGGAAUUCUUUUGUAGUUCGCCGACGCUUAUGGGGUCCUUAGUGAUCCUGAGAAGCAUGAGACAUAUGGUCAGUAUGGCGAGGACGCGCACUCAAGGUAUAAAUGGGUGGCGGCAUGACCCAUUUGGCAUCUUUUCGUCUUUCUUCGGUGGGUCAUCAUUUGGUGGGUUGUAAGGCCAGCGUGGCUAAUAUCUUCUGUGAUCCUUGCAUACAAGCAGACAGCAGCAGGGGACAAAGGCAGAGACAGAGACGGGGUGAGGAUGUAGUUCAUCCAUUGAAAGACCACAUCCUCGAGAUGGUCUACCCUACAUAUGUUAAGCAUGUGGCUCAGGUUGGUUGGGAUGGCCCUUCUGGUAAUGCUCCCAGUUGGGUGUGUCGUUCAAAACAUGAAUGUGAUAUGAAUAUAAUUGCUGUCUGUAAAAAGAUUCUAUUCCAAUUACAUAGACUUCAAUCUACACUUGACAUCACUACAAAUUCAUAGAAUAAAUUUGAAUACGGGAACUGAAUUUA